CGUUGUAGUACUUGAAUUAGCAGUGGCAUACUUGAUAGAUAUGAACGUUAUUGUGAUGUUAAAACUCUUUUUGAUCAAGAUAGAGCUCACACUAUAGUUUGACAUGCUAGCAACGAGAAGCUAGUGCCGACUUAAACCGAAUUCAAAAUGUUGCACCCAAAUAAACUUCAAUAAGCUUCAAACAGGACCACUCUCAAAUGUCAUGCUGGAAUCUCAUCUGUGUAAAUGGGCAUGAUCUAGGGGACUGAUCUGACUUAAUCUGUUCAAAUUUCAACGCAUGACGGGUUCUCUUUUAAAAUAAUGUGCUAUACAGGGCUAGUUAAAUGGGACAAAAAUUAACCAAACGAAAUAUGCGUAGUACAUGUACAACCUCAACUUCCCAAGUGGUGGUGUGCACUUGAGUGCAACCAACUGGGGCCAAGUCUUUUGUUGUAGUGGAAUAUAUAUAUCUCUCCAUUGUGUGUCACCACUAUACAACAAGCAGCAACACGCUACAACCAUCCAAGCAGCAGGAGAAAAGAUACAAACAUAGAUCAGAACCUGAAGAGAAGACACCAAGAAGCAAUGGAAAUCAAGGACGAGGAGACAACGGCAGAGGUGGCCAUGGUGGUGCAGUCGCGGUUCAGAAGGGUAUGCGUGUUCUGUGGGAGCAGCCAUGGCAAGAAGAAGAUCUACCAGGAUGCUGCCAUUGAACUUGGGAAGGAGCUGGUGGCAAGAAACAUUGACCUAGUAUAUGGAGGAGGGAGUGUAGGGUUGAUGGGUUUGGUUUCUCAAGCAGUACACAAUGGAGGAAGGCAUGUCAUUGGGGUCAUUCCCAAGACUCUCAUGCCUAGAGAGAUAUCAGGUGAGACAGUGGGGGAGGUGAAAGCAGUGUCCGAUAUGCACCAGAGGAAGGCUGAGAUGGCCAGGCAGUCUGAUGCCUUUAUAGCAUUGCCUGGGGGGUAUGGAACACUUGAAGAGCUACUAGAAGUAAUUGCAUGGGCUCAACUUGGAAUUCAUGACAAACCGGUUGGGCUGCUCAAUGUGGAUGGCUACUACAAUCCGUUGCUGUCUUUCAUCGACAAAGCUGUGGAGGAAGGGUUCAUCAGACCUAGUGCCCGCCAUAUCAUCGUCUUGGCCCCAACGCCUAAAGAACUCAUUGAAAAGCUAGAGGAGUACUCUCCCCAGCACGAGAAAGUCGUGUCAAAGAUGAAAUGGGAGAUGGAACAGAUGAGCUACCCUCAGAACUACGAUAUCCCCAGGCCAAAGGAGGGAAAGAUGAUCAUAGAAGCACAACGGGGAAGCAGGCUAUGGAUGUAAAUCGUAGAACGACAAGAAAGCAGGCAAGUGGUAAUAUAUGACUUGUCCAAAAAAAAAAAGUUACUAAUAUGAGAUCAGUACUUCAGUAGU